AUGCCUCUGCUAUACGUGCGGGCUGUCGUCCCCUUCGAGGCCGGGGCCAAUGCAACCGACGUGCUCAUCAACGAAGUGCACUUCAAUCGCACCGCACUGGACUACUAUCAUUACACCCUCUUCAGCAACGGGACCCUUUCGAACGGCACGGACUGCUAUCUCGCGUUUGAUGAAUUUCAACCGCACAUGUCCGCCAAUGGUUCUUUCGUGAAAGGCACCUCGUGCUAUGCCCCCAUUCGCGAUCUGGGGCAACAUGCUUCGGCCGGUCUGGCGUUUGCGUUGAUGUUUGGCAUCUCCAUUGCCAUCACCUUGAUCAACCUGCGCAAACAUGGUCGACGAUACCUGCCUGUCGAUCGCCGGUGGUAUAUCAUGGGCCGUCGGGGGAAGUGGAUCUGGAUGCUGUUCAUCGCCGCCUGUGGAGCGAUUAGUUGCUUCAUGAGCAUCGACGUGGACCGAGACUAUAUCGUCAGCACCCCCUUGAUCUUGCAGAGUGUCUUCUAUACGCUCCUUACUCCGGGGAUGAUGGCGGCUGUCUGGGAGGGAGUACGACAUUGGGGCUCGUGGCAAGAACGGCAGAUCUACGACCGGGAUCCGUAUGCGUUUCAGGUAUCGAACAGCCGGGAGGGCCAGGAGUUUGUGCUCCCGAUCCUCUUCUACGCCUGCGCUUUCGCCAACUUCUUCCUGACCGUUCCGCGCUCGUGGACGCCCAUCGAGAUGCAGCGCAGUCCUGAACAACAGAUCACCCAUGCCAAACCGGUCGCUACCGAUGUCCGGUGGCGGGCCGCCGGCUUCGUCGCGAUGGGCGGCGUUCUGGUGAUCUGCUACAGCCUGGAGCACAGCAUCUACCGCUACCGGAUGCGGCCGACCAGCACAAUGGGCCAGCUGCUAUUCUACCUGAAUGCCGCGCCAUCUCAGUUCCUGGUGGCCAUUGCCUUACUUGGAGUGAAGAUCGGGUACGCCAUUGCCUCGGCGUUUGACUGGACGGUGUCGCCCUUGAAAUACGGAGUGAACUCGGGCUGGCUGUACGGACUGGGAUACACGCCGCCGCUACUGCUGCUGAUCCUCUUCAACAUCUGUGGGCUCUGUGAGCUCAACGACGACCAGGCGUUGAUCGCCCAGCGAGACGAAUUCGACCAUGCCGUGGCGGAUGACGUGGGAGUCGGGCAGCGGAAGCUCAGCUGGUGGAAGAAAGGCCGGGCCUUGGUUCGGGAAAUCAGGGAUCCCCGCCGAGACCGAUCCUCGCAGGAUGAGCGGGACAUGAGCCGGUACGUGGAGAUGGGCAUUAUCAAACCGGCGGAACAAGGGCCGCAGGGUGGUCCCAAGCCGGAGACGUGGGUGACGACACGUACCGCCAGUCAGGGCAGUGAAUCCACGACUGUGGCGCGGACGGACAGUGGUCCUGAUCUCGCGCAGCAUAUCGAGUAUACCGUGCCCGGGAACCUGUCCCGGAGUUCUUCCAAUGAGAUGGGGAUGAUACCGAGGCAGACCGAGCGGAGCAUGCUGGCUUCGAGCUCGAUUCAUCUCCACCACCAUUACUUCAACCAGCAUCUACACCACAUUUACCAAAUGGAACCCGAAAAGCGCAAAUACACCGCGGGGCCCUCCCUCCCCGACAACUCCGACGCCCCCAAACGCCGCAAAGUCAUCGGUCCCGCAUUCCCACCCCCCGCCGACACUACCGAGAACAAUUCCCCCUCCGACGACGACGAUGACAGCUCCGAUGACGACGACUUCGGCCCCAGCCUCCCACCCCCCGAAGGCACCCUCCCCACCACCAGCAGCAGCAACUCCGACCCCAUCCCCACCGAAACCACCACGGCCCCGAAACCCCCCCAGCGCGACGCCUGGAUGCUCGAACCCAUCGACGGCGCGAACCGCUCCUCCCGCGUCGACCCGACCAAGCUCCGCAACCGGAAAUUCCAAACCGGUCGGGCGGCGAAUACCACCCCCGGUGGUGGCGGAGUGGAUGUCUCUUGGACGGAAACGCCCGAGCAGAAGAUGAAGCGGUUGCAGGAUGAGGUGCUGGGCGUGCAGACUCGGCCCGGGGUAGCUGCUGCGGGGGCAGGGGAUUCGGGGGCGCGUGGCGCGCAGCCGUCUCGGGCGAUGCAGGAGAAGAUUCAUCGGUUUAAUGAGGAGAAGAGGAAGGGUGAGGCGGCGGAGGCAGCGGAGCGGGCGGCCCGGGAGGCGGAGAAUGGGAAGAAGGAAGAGGAGGAUGAUCCGAGUGCGCGGGCGUUUGACAAGGAGAAGGAUAUGUCGUUGUCGUCGAAGAUUACGCAUGCGCAGAGGAGGGAGAUGAUGAGUAAGGCGGCGGAUUUUGGGUCGCGGUUUACGAGUGGGAAGUUUUUGUGA